AUGGUUGACAAAACGUCGCUCGGAUCCUCCGACGAGGACACCCUCCCAAUGAGGUUAGAUGAAUCUGUGAUGGUUGUGGAUAAAACUCUUUCACAGGUCGAAAUGCUAGGUAUCAUUCAGGAACAGGCUUUAGAUCUAGGGAGGUUGGAGGCUGAAGUUAACGCUCUCGGUGACCAGGUCGCCAAACUGAACGCUCCUAUGUUGAACUCCCCAGUUCACUUGGCGGCAGACCGAGCGAUCAAAGUCUCCGAGCAGCAAAUACUAGAUACAGCAAGCCUGUUACAGGCAGAUGCGACUGCCUCGAAAAGGGUUAUCUUCUGGGGACAUUCCCGAGCUCUUUGA